AUGAACUCAACUACCAAAGUCGAGGAGCUUCUCUACUUUCUCGCUGGAUAUUCGGAGUAACUUUUUGUUUUCUCUGCAUUUCGUCCGUUGCGCUGAAUUCUCUGGUCUGGAGACUUCUCAAAUCUCAGCAGAUCUGUCCUCACGAAAGCUUCCAGAGGCAGCUUUUCUCUGCUCUAUUCGCUGCUUUGGUAUUUUUGUUUCAAAAUAGAGACGAAAACAAAAAGCGUUAAGGCUCAAUGUCUUCUUCUUCUUGUGAGCUUUGCCCCAAUCACACUCAUCAAUUUAACUUAUCCCGAUUGGUUUAACAUGUUGACAGGUUUUCUUGUUCAUGAAGGAAAAUAAAUAAAAGUAAUGCGUUUAGCCACAACUACAAUAUCACUGGACUUCGGGACAAUUCUUGUUGUUUCCUGCCUUUCAAUUGACAGAUUCGUUCUUUUCAUUUUUCCAGAGGUUAUAAACUAUGCGAACGGAUUCGAGAUAAACAUUUCAAGGCCUAUAAUAGAGCCACGACGACCAAAUGGCGAUUUUUAUGGCAGUUGAUCCCGUGGAUCUGCUCUGCAGUUCUCAUAGCCACCAUUUUUGUCACUGGAUGCGCCAUCAGGUUUUCCAAACAAAUUCAGCAACGGAUUUAUGACUGUCGGUCUGUUUCCACUCACUCAUUUUCGUUGAACCUUUGUCUCCAGAAACUGCGAUUUGCACUUGGAUCUUCUUUCGUGUGUUCAUUUCUCGGUCUGCACAUACUCCGCCCUUCUCUACAUCGUCAUCUACAUCGCCAUCGCCUUCAAAUACGUCAGAAAGGAAGACAUCGCUCAAGGUCUGACAUACGCAUUGAAAAAAUGGCUUUGUUUCAGCUGUCGUCAACUCGGAGACGCCAGAAAAUGUCGCAUGGAGAGAAAUGAAAUGGGUGACCUGAAACUGGGAAAAAUCAUCUAUUUUUUGUUCAGACGAUGCAGUUCAGUGGAGUGCUUCUUCUACAAUGGCUGCUCAGUGUUUUGCAGUACAGCUUCUUGGCCAUUUUCGCAAGUCUUUAUUGGUGGGCUCUGUUUGAAGCUCUUUUACUGUUUAUCUUCUGAAACCAGGGCUAAUAUGACUUCCAUUCUCAUUGGCGUUUUUAAAACGGCUAUAAUUCCUGUAGCGACUCUCGUCACUCAUGAGAAAAUUCGUGUGAAGGCUAUCCGGCUAUUUUGGGAGGUAACUUCGAAGGAAAGCUAUUUUAAGAACACGAUCUAAUUGAAGGAACCUACGACACAGAGAUCCGAAGAGCAACGACCUCGAAUGAAUUCCAUAGGCGUCUCUCCUAUUUUCUGCCAGAAUAUCGUCCAAAAAGAGGAGAGAGUUCAACAAAAGCGCUCCACAACAAGUACUGGAAGGAUCUCAACUUCUGAAGUAACCAGAAUGUGA